AUGUACACCCUGGUCUUCCUCGUCGCAGCCCUCUCGGUUGCCGCAGCGGCGCCAUCCGGCUUGUUGGCACAUGGAGCCGCUCUGGCCGGUCCACUUCUAGGACCCUCUGCACUUAGCGGACCCAUCGUCGGACCAUCCGCCCUGGCUGGACCGGUUGUCGGACCUGCUCGCCUUUCCGGUGCGGUCGACGGCGGUGCUCUGGUGACUGGAGCCGUUGCUGGACCUUCCAUCGUUUCCGGUAGCGUUGCUGGAGGCGUCGCAGCUCCCUGGGGAGCCGCUGCUCCUUGGGGAGCACUUGCUGCCCCCGGUCUCGUGUCGCCAUGGGGCGCCGUGUUAGCCGGUCCAGCGGCAGGUCCAGCUGCCCUUGCUGGCCCUGUGGCUGCGCCAGCUCUUAUCGCCGGACCAUCUGGUAGCAUAACAGCCGGAGCGGUCGGUGUCGGAGGAAUCGUCCGCGCUGGUCCCCACUGGUAAUCGCCCAUCCAUCAACGACAUCUUCGACUGAUCUCCCCCACGAUGCCCGUCAUUUUGAAACCGACCACGCCACGAUCUCCGUCAUAUACCGCUAGUACCUCCUAUCACUGUGUCUUUUAUAUGUAUUCUG